GUUUCCAGAUGAUGACGCAUACAGCUGACUAUCAGAGCAGUUCAAAACAUGAAAAAGGAAUAAUUGGUGACUGUUUGAUAUGCGGCGAACCAAGCACUGGUAAACACUAUGGUAUUGUUGCUUGUCUAGGAUGCAAGACGUUUUUUCGAAGAGCGGUAGUACAACGUCAGGACACGUUAUGCAAACGCGACAACCCUUGUGAUGUCACACAAGCCGCUCGAAAGGCAUGCAGAGCUUGUCGAUACAGAAAAUGUUUGGAAUGCGGAAUGAGUCGAGAAGCCCUGCAGCCAAGAAGGGAUCUUAUCGGUUGCCGAAGAGUGAGGACCCGGGCGAUCCCACGCACACCAUCUCCGAGUGAUCCUAUCACCACAGAUCCAUCUAAAGAGCAUCUGCUCCAGCUUAUUGAAAGGCUUACUGAGAUUGAUCAAAGAAUUAGGAAAAGAAAAUUUGAAUUAAUGCGCUCUAAGAAAGAGGCAAUGAACUUGGCCGAAAUUAUUCGCGCAGGCACGGAUUAUGUGAGUGAAUCAAAGGAUGAAACCAGCAACAAACUGAUGAUCAUUCUUGCCAAAGACAUCUCACAUGUAACGCAAACGGAUCUUUUGAUGAUGUUGGAAUGGGUGCGAACUCUUCCAUGUUUUCCUCCACUGGCCGUUGAGGAUAAAGUCAUACUUUUGAAGCGAUUUGCUGUACAUCAUUUGGUUUUGGAGCAUGGAUUUUUCACUGCAAGUACGAAUAUGGAGGAUGUGUGGCUGAUAUCGAAUGGAACUUUCAUGCCUCGGAACGUCGAAGUCCUUCCUGAAGAAUGUCGUUCCACGAUUUCACCUGAUCGGCGUUGGAGGCAGGAAAAACUCUACAAAAAUAUGACGGACACCUGUAUCGACGAGGUCGCUACCCCUCUUCGACAUCUUCAGCUGUUACCGCAAGAACUAGUUGUACUAAAGAUUAUUAUGCUUUUCAAUUGUGGCAACCAUACAGGGGUUCUAUCACCCAGCAAAAGUUCAGAAACCUCAGAGAUCUCGGAUGAAUCGAGAAAAGCUGUUCUUGCAUAUCGGGAUCAAGUCAUUGCUGCUCUCUUCCAGUACUAUCAACACAUCUGCUACCAGAAUUAUCCUGAGCGAUUCGGCAAUUUGAUUUUGAUGAUAUCCGGUGUCACCUCAGCAGCUUCGGCUAUGUUGGAGAGUUAUCAGGUGAUGCGCCUAUUCAAGAUAGUGACCUUUGACAAUCUCUCUCAGGAGCUACUGUUUAACCGGAGCUAAGCGAUAGCGCCAAAAGUAGGCAAUAGUUUAGUCGAACUCAGUUUUGCUCCAGAUAGCUUUGAUGAAUUUCCGUCAGAGAAUUCAUACAUUUCUUGUCGAAUUAAUUUCCUCAUCUCUCUCCUCCUAUUCUCAGGAUUUAGUCUGUGCCCUUUGGUAUAUUAUCUCUCCGUACUUACAUACACAUAUAUAAGCUUGCGCUUCCAAAAAGUCUGUACGAACUAUCCGCAGGAUACUAGUUUUUGAAGUUACAGCUGGUGCAACU